GUCUACUAUAAUUAAUAAAAAACAAAAAAAAGGCAAAAAUAUCAUUUCCAUCACCAAAUUCCAUAGCCGUUUUGAGCCACAGCAUCUCCUAACAAUCGAUUUAACAUGUCCGCCUCCACCGCUACCGCCGGCGAGAAACCGCCGCACAUCCUAGUCUUUCCCUACCCGGCUCAAGGCCAUACCCUCCCUCUCUUAGACGUAACUCACCAACUCGCUUGUCGUAACUUUACCAUCACCAUCAUAACCACACCCAAAAAUCUCCCUACUCUCUCUCCUCUCCUCUCUACUCAUCCACAAAUCCAAACUUUAACUCUCAAUUUUCCAUCUCACCAUUUACUUCCAGCAGGUGUUGAAAACGUCAAAGAGCUUGGUAACGCCGGCAAUUUUCCAAUAAUGGUUGCCUUAAGUAAGCUUUAUGAUCCAAUUAUCCAGUGGUUUCGAUCACACUCUAAUCCUCCUGUUGCUCUCAUUUCUGAUUCCUUCCUUGGAUGGACUAUGCACUUGGCUAAUGAUAUGCAGAUCCCGAGAUUCGUUUUCUGGUGCACUGGUGCGUUUCUUGCUUCUGUUCUUGAUCAUUGUUGGAAUCAUCUGGAGACGGUAAAGAGUUUAGAUGUGGUUGAUUUUGUUGACUUGCCCAGAACUCCGUCGUUUAAGGCGGAGCAUUUGCCUUCUGUAAUCCAGUUGUACAGGGAUUCGGAUCCCGAUUGGCGGAUUGUUCAGGAAGGAAUGGUUGCUAAUAGCCUGAGUUAUGGCUAUAUCUUCAAUAGCUUUGAUGCUGUAGACAGCGAAUAUUUCGGCUUUUUGAAGAGAAAAAUGGGUCACGAACGGGUUUAUGGAGUUGGCCCGCUAUGUUUGUUGGGUCCAGAUCACUCCAGCAGAGGAAACCCGGAUUUGAAUUCGAUUGCCCAUGUGUUUGAUUGGUUAAAUGGAUGCCCGGAUGGAUCCGUGCUCUAUGUUAGCUUUGGGAGUCAAAAAUUGAUGAGUAAAAGACAAAUGGAGGCAUUGGCUUCGGGUCUUGAAAAGAGUAUGGCCCGAUUCAUUUGGGUAGUGAAAACAGGUACAACCCAGCAAAUGGGAAAUGGGUAUGGGGUAGUACCCGAUGGGUUUGAGGAACGGGUAGCUGGGAGAGGGAUAGUAAUGAGGGGUUGGGCACCACAGGCUAUGUUACUGAGUCACCGAGCUAUAGGUGGAUUUCUGAGUCACUGCGGCUGGAACUCGGUGCAAGAGGCUAUUGCUAAUGGGGUUUUGAUAUUGGCUUGGCCUAUGGAGGCUGACCAAUUUGUGAAUGAGAGGCUGUUGGUGGAUUACUUGGGUGUGGCAGUAAGAGUGUGCAUGGGGGCUGACUCGGUGCCUGACUCGGAAGAAUUGGGGAAAGUGAUUGGUGAGUCAAUGAAUGGAGUUGUACGUGAACAAGAGAAAAUGAGAGCUAAAGAGUUGAAAAGCAAAGCAAUUGAAGGUGUGAAAAAUGGCGGCAAGUCUUUGGGAGACUUGGAUGCACUGGUCAAUGAAAUUAUGCAAAUCAGAAGACAAAAAAGACUAAUAUAAUUUGUUGAGGGGGUGUAACUAGAAUUUAAAUAAAAAAAAAUCGAGUAAUAUGUAUAUUUUUCCUAGUCAAUAAUGUAUUCGUGUCUUUUGUUUUUUUUUUUUUUU